CUUCUCUAGCUGUUGUUAUUCCUCCCAAGGAUGUUAGCCUCGUCAGGAGGUAAACUGGCCCAGAAAAAGAUCAUAAUAGGAUCAUUUUCAGGAGUGCUUCCUGUAAUGUACCAGAAUCACCUCAUGUUCUGUGAUGUUUGUGUCAGACUCAAUUGUGGCAGGCAAAGGAGUACUUGAAACAGAGAGAAUUGAACUCCGAAGAUCCAACCCUGGGCUUGUUACGGAAGCGCUCCCAUCAAUCACAGCGCUGGGGACUUUGAUCUUCUGCCUAAGUCAAUCUAGGGGGAUGCAGUAGGUUGGGGCUGAAGGACUUCUCGAGCUCCCUGGCUUCCAGAGGAAGGGCUGGCAGUUUUUAAGCAUCCGGAGGCGGGGUUCUCAGGUCCACGUUCCCUCAAGUAGUACGUCUGUGGCUGACGGUGCUGUUUGGAUCUGAAACAUCAUGAGGUGAGGGGGGGUUGUUUUAAAUAUAUCUGAAGUAGAAUUAGCCCUCCUAGUCGAUAGAUUUGUUUUAUGAAGCUUUAAUGUUCCCUACAAAUAAUAUUUGGGGAAGGCUAGCAGCCCCAUCCAUUUAUGAGUCAUGCACGAAGCAUUAGCCAGGAGCUGGGAUGCUGGCACAGGUGAUAGUCUGGGGAAGAUGGAAGGCAGUAAAUUUUCAGGUCAUAAAUCCUACCAGGAGGAGCCUUUUGCUGCCAGAGGGCAUGACUUAGUAGUCUAAUUAUUAAGUGUGCAAUGCCAGGCCUCUCCCGAGGCCUCAGUCUCCACGUCUGGCAGCCCAGGGGCUGGGAAAGAAACAACACAGUGUCAUGAGUUCACUCUCUUACCCAUGUUACCAAAGGGGUUCCCUGGUGCAGAUAAUAGGUUUUAUCUCUUCUUUGGCUUCUGCUAUACAUUUGGGGGUGUUUUAUUUCCUUUAUUGCGUUCAUCCACCAAGUAUCUUUGCCUCUCAAUUGUUUUGUGAAAACAGAUUCAUAUUAAGUUUAAUUUAACUGCCUUGUGUCGUGAAAACCACAGUUGAUGAUUACAGGAAGUGGCCCAGAAAAAUAGGUAGUGGCUGGAAGGAAAACGAGAAUUUUGAACCCUGAAAGCAAAAACGGGAAACAAGUCUGUAAGACUUCUCUGGUUUCUGUCUCUUGGUUCUUUGCCCCAGUUGAGUGAGCCCUGACAGGCACAGUCCGGGGCCUUGCUGAAAAUGUGCUCAGUGAGCAGACUGGGGCCUUGCAACCUCUGAGCUUUGAAACUCAGGGUCUGGGCAUUGUCGGCAGGCUCCACUGAGCUGAGAUUUCACAGGAUGCUCUUGGCCUUCGUGAAGGGUGGACACAGAAACAGGCAGGUUGGGAGAUGCUUCUCGGCUCUGUUCUGUCAGGCCAAGCAGAAGGCGGCCUUGCUGGAGCUGCUGCACGAGCUGUACAACUUCCUGGCCAUCCAAGCCGGUAAUUUUGAAUGUGGAAAUCCAGAGAAGCUAAAAAGCAAAUGCAUUCCUGUAAUGGAAGCCCAGGAGUACCUAGCAAAUGUGACCGGCAACUCGUCCGCCAAGUUCGAAGCGGCGCUGACCUGGAUACUGAGCAGUAACAAGGACGUGGGCAUCUGGUUGAAAGGGGAAGACCCGUCGGAAUUGGUAACGACUGUGGACAAAGUGGUCUGCCUGGAGUCUGCCCGCCCGCGCAUGGGUGUGGGCUGCCGCCUGAGCCGUGCCCUGUUCACCGCCAUCACCAACCUGCUCAUCUUCUUCUGGUGUUUGGCCUUUCUGUGGGGGCUCCUCAUCCUCCUGAAAUACCGGUGGCGGAAGCUGGAAGAAGAGGAACAAGCCAUGUAUGAGAUGGUGAAGAAGAUUAUAGACGUGGUCCAGGACCAUUAUGUGGACUGGGAGCAGGACAUGGAGCGCUACCCGUACGUGGGCAUCCUGCACGUGCGCGACACCCUGAUCCCUCCGCAGAGCCGGAGGCGCAUGAAGCGGGUCUGGGACCGGGCUGUAGAGUUCCUGGCAUCCAACGAAUCCCGGAUCCAGACAGAGUCCCACCGCGUGGCUGGAGAAGAUAUGCUGGUGUGGAGAUGGACUAAGCCCUCUUCCUUCUCCGACUCUGAGCGAUAAAUCCCGGCCGGGGGGGCCUGUUCCCAGUCAGCCUGUCCCAGGCCAGUCCCCUCCAGGGGUGCAAGGCCACCAGACCUGCCAGUGCUGAAUUCACACUUGCCUUGACUUUCACCCUCCUCCCGACUCUGGUUCCAAAGGUCUCUCUGUAAGACUCUACAGAGAUUAGCUUGUAGGAAAGCAUGGGCUUCCUUGAAGGGCAGCAGGGGGGAAGAGCCAGAGGCCACGUGGGUAGCUGUCCUCUGCAUUGGUCCAGUCCUCUCUGCCCUGAUUGCUGGCAGAAAAGGGGAGAAGGGUUGUUUUGAUGCAUAGAAAAGAUGAAAGAGCAGCAGCUGUGAGAGCCUGCAGAGCAAGUGUGCAGUUAGGUGGGCUGGAGCUCUCCCUCCGCUGGUGAGUGCUCAGCGGGGUGGGCAUCAUGCCUGUGGGAGGUGGGUCGGGGCAGCAGGCUGGGGCGGCAGGGGUUGGGGGACAGUUUGGUCCAUGUGCCUUCAGAGGGUGUUACCUGGGAGCUCAAGGGUGAGGGGAGAAAACCUGUCCUCUAGCUGGGCUGGGCCUCUUUUAUCCUGAAGGGGGAAGGUGCUAGAAAGUAGGAUAAGUACUGUAGAAGAACUAUCUAGAAAUGACAGGUCCUGGCACGCAGGACCCUCAGUCAGGAGCAGUAAGCUGCCAGCGUGGCCCCCUGAGAGGAACCUGGAGCAGGCCCGGGCCUGACAGCGGAUAGGAGGGUAGGGCGGUCCGAGGCAGCCUCCCAGGGCCGGGCCCCCGGGCCUCUUCAGUGGUGCUUCUCACGGAGUCGCGGUUCUAGACCAGAGAGACCCGCAGCCACGGCACUGCAUCGGGUGACGAUGCGGAUUCUGGGGCCUUGGGAGUGCGGCGCCUGGCGCCUCCGGUGUGCGACGGUCCCCUUGUCUUAGGGCGACCACAGCGGCCCCAUUGUGGGGCCGCGUAGCCAGAACUUGCGCAGAGGCCGCUCGGCUGCCCCCUGCUGGCCGUCCGGAGCGUGCCCGCGCCGCCGCAGACCUUCAUCCUGGCGCCCCCCCCCCCAGCCCGUCAGCCCGGGGCGCGGGCGCCCGGCUCCAGAAACACCCUGGCGGGGGGCCUUAUUAGUUAAGUGCGGGGAGCCUCUCCAGCAGAGCCUCAUUCCCAUAUGUUCUCACCCGCGGCAGGCGGGAGAGGGGCAAGCGGAGGAGCCGAAACAGCUGCCUCCAGAAGGCAUCAACCACCCCCUUUCGGUCUUCCUGGUAUUUUUUGUUUCCUUAAUAAAGCUCCCGUCUCCCUCA